ACUAGGUGCUUGUGACUUCAGUGAGGUGUUGACUUUCGAAAGAGUGAAUCGAAAAGGGAAGGAUACGAAGAAGGGAAUAAAAAAUAAGGAUGCCAGUCUAUUCUAAUCUCUACCUGACAGUCUGAAGCGUUAUUGUUUUUUAAAAUUUUUUGGGCACUGUGAGACCAGAAAAGUGUUAUAAUGGAUAACGAUUCGAAUAACAUGAGGCGGAAUCCCAAGGAAACUGCGAAUGUCUUCAGUCAGAUCUUUUUCUGGUGGACAUCGGAAUUAUUCAUGAAAAAAGAUCUGGAAGAAUCGGAUAUUUAUCGGCCUCUAAAGGCAGAUCACUCUGAAAAAGUGACAGACCAUCUGGAAAAAUACUGGAAUUACGAGCUGGAGAAGCUGAAGAAGCUGGAAUACACAGUGCGUAAAGAUGGACAGAAAGUGCCAUUGAAGAAAAACGAUCGACCGAGAUUGUAUAAGGCAAUUUUGCGCGCUUUUUGGUUGCCGUAUUUUAUCAUUGGACUCUUCCAGCUUGUCCAGUGCGUCGUGCUGCGCGUGAUACAGCCGAUUCUGCAGAGUUGGAUAAUCAAAUACUUCAAUGGCAAACCAAACGCGCCGGACGUUGUCAACAGGGACGACGUGCUGAUUUAUACCUCCUGCCUAAUUUUAUCUUUGAUCAUGACUGUCAUAAUGUUACAUCAUUCAAACUUAGCCACGCAGCAGAUAGGGAUGAGAGUACGCGUCGCCUGUAGCUCGUUAAUCUACAGGAAGGUACUACGGUUGAGUAGAACGUCCCUAAGUCAAACCGGCACCGGACAGGUCGUGAAUCUCCUCAGCAAUGACAUGCUUCGCUUCGAUCAAUUGUCAAUAUUCCUGAACUUCAUAUGGAUCAUGCCCAUUCAGGUCAUAACUGUGACGUGCAUAAUGUGGCAGCAGAUCGGCAUCUCGAUCUUCGUCGGCGUCGGGACGCUGUUGUUCAUGUCUAUACCGAUUCAGGGAACUUUCAGUCUCUUAAGUCGCCGUAUCAGAGCCAUGAUCGCACCGCUCACUGAUCGUAGGGUGCAGCUGAUGAGCGAGCUUAUAGCCGGGAUACAGGUAGUGAAGAUGUAUGCCUGGGAGAAGCCGUUCAGCAAGAUCGUCUCGAUCACGAGAACAUUGGAGAUCAACAAGAUCAAGUUUUCAUCGUACGUGCGCGCCGCAUAUUUGGCUAUCAUAGUGUUCACCGAGAGACUUAUUCUUUACUUCACCUUGAUAACGUACGUUUUUAUGGGGAACAAUCUGUCCGCCGACGUGACUUACAUUUUGGCGAGUUACUACAAUAUGCUUCAGCUCAUUGCCGCGAUGUUCUUUCCGCAAGCGUUGAUACAGAUAGGAGAAACGAUGGUGUCCAUAAGUCGGUUGGAAGAAUUCCUCCUAUUAGAAGAAGUGAACAUGGAACGACAGGAAACUAAGUUGAAACCAGAAUCUGCAUUUAACAAAUCAAACAAAACGACCACUACGGAGAAUCAAAGACACGACGUCAUCAACAAUGGGAUUUUUUAUCCUGCUUCUCAAGUAUCAUCCGAGAAUCCAGUUCGCAUAGAACUUCAGCGUGUUUCCGCCAAUUGGGUCAACGGCCAAUUGCCGCCAACGUUGUGCAACAUCUCCAUGACGAUCAAGCCAGGCGAAUUGUGCGCUCUUGUGGGCGCCGUGGGCUCCGGCAAGUCGUCCGUGCUCCAUUUGCUUCUAAAGGAAUUGAAUCCUGGCGCCGGUAACGUGAUUUUCACUCAGGGCUUGCCGCAAAAGAUUGACAAGAGCAACUUGACCAACUUUUACAUAACAGACAACCCGAAUUUACAUAUUUCCUACGCCAGUCAGGAAGCCUGGCUCUUCAGCGGCACCGUGAGGGACAACAUCCUGUUUGGCCAGCUUUAUGAUAGAACGAGAUAUAUUCAGGUGACGAGUGUGUGUGCCUUGACGAAGGAUUUUCGACAAUUGCCACAGGGCGACAUGACGAUAGUUGGAGACAGAGGUGUAUCUUUGUCCGGAGGUCAGAGAGCGCGAGUCAAUCUCGCGAGGGCGGUUUAUAGACAAGCGGAUAUCUAUUUGCUAGAUGAUCCUUUGAGCGCGGUAGACACUCACGUCGCCAAACAUCUCUACAGGAAGUGUGUUACCGAGUAUUUAGCUGGGAAAACGAGAAUCCUCGUUACCCAUCAACUACAGUUCCUCAAACGAGCGGAUCAUAUCGUUGUGUUAGAUCGAGGUUUCGUGAAGAUGCAAGGGAGAUAUAACGAUCUGGUGGAGUCAAACAAGGAUUUCAUCAAGAUGAUGGACAACUUGAGUCACGAGGCGCAAAAAAAGGAAGAAGAAAACGCGAGAAGAAUCUCGGAGAUAUCUACCAGAAAAAUUUCGUUAAUGAGGCGCCCCUCAGAGCUUUCAACCAUAAGUUCCAUCGCGCACUCUGAUAUCGACGAUAUGAAUUACGAGAAGAACAACUUGGAUGGCGAAACGAUGAUGCAUGGUUACAUGUCCAGCAAAGUGUACAGGAAGUACCUGCAUUACGGUGGCAACUACUUCGUCUUAUUUAUGCUGCUUAUAUGCUUCAUAAUUAGUCAAAUCGCCACCAACGGCAAUGACUAUUGGGUCUCAUACUGGACCAAUCUGGAGGAGGAGCGGCACAGCGAGGGCACUGCCGACUACGUUACUGUAAGCCAUAAGUACAGAAAUAUGUACAAUAACAGCUUCCUGGAGUUGAUUUUCAACCUAGACUCGGACGGCUUGCUCGGCACCAAGUCAGCCAUCUACGUCUAUACGUUCACUAUCAUCGCCUGCACCAUCACUACAUUAUUGCGCAGCUUCCUCUUCAUGAAGAUUUGCAUGAACUCCAGCAUCAACCUCCACAAUACCAUGUUCACUAAUCUGGUACAGGCCCGCAUGUCUUUCUUCAACGCCAAUCCUGCCGGGAGGAUCUUGAACAGAUUCUCGAAAGACAUCGGCACAAUGGACGAGUUGCUCCCCAGAAUAAUGUUGGAAGCAAUUCAGAUAACCUUCGUGAUGGGCGGUAUACUUAUUAUGGAGGCAAUAAUCAAUUAUUGGAUGCUGAUACCGAUCGCAAUACUUAGCAUCAUGUUUGUACUAAUAAUAAAAGUAUAUAUCCGCAGCUCUCAGAAUGUUAAACGUCUCGAAGGCGUAACCAAGAGCCCGGUGUUCUCCCACGUGAAUUCCACACUGAACGGACUAGCGACGAUCAGGAGCAGCGGCACCGGUACAGAGCUGAUGAUGCAGAAGCAGUUCGACUCGUUACAAGAUUACCACAGCGGCGCGUGGUAUCUGGUCCUGGCCAUCGCGGCAGUUUUCGGACUCUUGUUAGAUUUGAUCACGUGCGCGUUCAUUGCCUGCGUCUGUUUCUCUUUCAUAAUGGUAAAUGGUCAAGGUGGCAUACUCAGUGGCGACGUAGGUCUGGCGAUCUCGCAGUCGUUAAUCUUGUCUGGUAGUCUGCAAUAUGGCGUGAAACAAUCCGCCGAGAUGAUCUCGCUGAUGACAUCUGUGGAGAGGAUUCUCCAGUACACGAAUCUGCCUACGGAGAAAUCGAUCGUCCCGAAGGAUCCUCCACCGCCCACGUGGCCGACCAACGGCAGACUCACCUUCAAGAACGUCAAUAUGAAAUACGACAAGAAUGAUGCACCUGUCUUAAAAAAUCUGAAUGUGUCCAUCGAACCCGGUUGGAAGGUCGGCGUAGUAGGACGAACCGGUGCCGGCAAAUCGUCCUUGAUAUCCGCGCUGUUCCGUUUGUUCGAUGAGGGUUUGGAGGGCGAGAUCAAAAUCGACGACAGGGACACAAGCACGGUGGGUUUGACAGAGUUGCGUUCCAAAAUCUCCAUCAUACCGCAAGAGCCGGUGCUCUUCUCCGAGAGUUUGCGCUACAAUCUGGAUCCCUUCAAUCAAUACGAAGACAUGAUACUCUGGGAAGUGCUUCGACAAGUCGAAUUGAACAAUGUCGGCUUAGACCAGGAAGUCUUUUACGGCGGCCACAACUUCAGUGUGGGCCAAAGGCAACUCAUAUGUUUGGCUAGAGCCAUCCUGAGAAAUAAUCGCUUGCUCGUCCUCGACGAGGCGACUGCCAACAUCGAUACGCAUACUGAUUCCUUGAUCCAGGACACGAUAAGAAGCAGCUUUAAAGAGUGUACCGUCUUGACGAUAGCACAUCGUUUGAACACUAUUAUAGAUAGUGAUCGAAUUAUUGUAAUGGAAAAUGGUUACAUAGUGGAAUUCGGUUGUCCCUACGAAUUGUUACAUGACAAACCAAACGGCUACUUCUCGAAAAUGGUGAAGCAGACGGGCAGUGAAAUGACCCAGAAACUUCUCGAGCAAGCCGAAAAGGCCUGUCAGAAAAAUGACAAUCAUCGGAAUUUAGAUCUAUCCAGACGAAAUUCUAAUGAGAACGACGUCGUGGUCAACGAGAUGAUAGAACAAUCCGCCUUGUAGAUUCAUCCCUGUGAACGAUAUACGUAGAAACGCAAUGUUGAAACGUUUCCCAUGAAAAAGAUACGUUUGCACGAAAGUGUAUACAAAUACACAGCAAAACAUCGCGAAGAGCAAUGAAACGUUCGAAAUUAUUCAGACUAUCGUGUUAGGCCAAUGCCGGCGACGACAAAGGAAAAAUGACAAAUUGUAAAAAUAUAGUACCAUAUGUGUGCGUGUUAAUCUCUCUAAAAUAUGUUUUGUCUCUUUCUAAAUUUUAUUUAUUACCUUAUACGUAAAUUUAAUGUUUACGUAGACAUAGACGUUAAUAGCAACACGUCGAGUUAAUUGAAAGUGAUUUUAUUAGUGUAUGAAUUUCAGUAACCGUAUUUAAAUAAAAUCUCACUAUCAAAGAUUG